UCCUCUGGGCGUCCAUUGCAGAAGGCUGGAGACAGGAGCUGCAGCUGCAAGAUAAGGAGUGGGGAAUGUACUGUGCACCAGUGACCUGUCAUCCUGAUCCAGCUCUGCACUGGGGAGGGGGCCUGUGGGGCUGGUGCAUUAGUGGCCAGGACGUACAGCAGCUCCUCACAUCCAGGCUGUGUGCUCCUGCCCCGCAGGCUGCAGGCGAUCCCUGUGAAAUUGGAUUAGGCUCAUUACCAGCAGUGAUUCGCAUCAGACCUUUUCUUUCCAUGACUCUGGAUAUUAUCCAGCUAUUAGGAAGAGCAUUAUCCAGACCAUGACCGGUCCCCGAGGAUCAUCCUGGAUACCAGGGAUUCAUUGUAUCAGGCUACUAGUGAGGGUCUUCAUUAACCCAUUAGUGCAGCCUGUCUUCUGAGGCGGUGGUCUGCCACAUACUAGAAGGUCCAGCAUGCAGCUGCAGACCUGGGGACCCCUUUAGGAUCUUCUCUCCAGAUAUUCCCCAGUAUCUGAAGCUUUAUGUAGUCCAUCUGUUGACCCCCACCCCUUCUGAGUGGACCAGCCUCAGACAGACAAGGAAGGAGGGGUCCAGAUCCCAUCUGCACUUGUAGAGGGUGGAUCUAGGUGUGGUCUCCUUCCAUCCCUCUCCUCCAUACACUACCCAAGCAAGGGGAGAGGGGGACAUCACCAUCGCUUAGACUGGAAGUUCACACACUUCUUUUGUGGAAUUGCACAGGAUAGACUUCAUAUGCACUGGGUGUUUUUCUAGGCCAACUGAACACAGUGAAUGGACAGCUCCUGGAUCUACUGUGGACAUCCCCCUGGAUGGUAAAGCUCAUGUGAUGCCGCUUCUUCCGUUCUGUGAUCCGCAGGUUGCUGCAGGACCAGGACUUUGGAAGGUCCCGGGUGACAGGCGGUGAGGAACCCGCACCUUGCUCCAGGAUGUCCGGCUGCAGAAUCGUCAACAUGAACGGAUUCCUGGAGGAACCCAGAAUGGAAACAGGGGACAUUAACCGGACUAUGAGGCACCUCGAGACGGGGACGGUCCUGACUCUGUUUUACCAGAAGAAGUCCCAGCGCCCUGAGAGGAGAACAUUCCAGCUGAAGCUAGACACCCGGCAGGUGAUAUGGUUCAGGUCCCCCGAGAAAGUGGAGGGUGAAAUUGAUAUCAGAGAAAUCAAAGAGAUUCGCCCUGGGAAGAAUUCACGAGAUUUCGAGAGGUACCCUGAAGAUGCCCGCAAGCUGGACGCCUCCCUCUGCUUCAUCAUCUUGUAUGGGGCGGACUUCAGACUAAAGACCAUCAGCGUGGCCGCGUUCAGUGAGGAGGAGGUGACCCUGUGGAUCAGCGGCCUGACCUGGGCACUGACUGACACCCUGAGCUCACCCAGCCCUCUACAGGCUGAGCGGUGGCUGAGGAUGCAGUUCGAAGCAAUGGAUCGGGCCAAGGACGGCAGCGUCACAGUGAAGGAUCUAAAGGCGCUGCUCCCGCAGGUCAACUACCGGGUGCCUAAUAUGAGGUUCCUGCGCGAUAAACUGCAGGAGAUUGAGGCGCGGAGCGAGCUCAGCUUCACGCACUUUGUCCUCUUCUACAAGAACCUGAUGUUUGACGCUCAGAAGUCAAUCAUUGAGCAGCUGGAGCUGUCCUUCCCUCUGCGGAAUGUUGAUCGCCCCUCGCUGUGCCAAAUCUCACUGUACGACUUUCAACGUUUCCUACAAUUUGAUCAGAAGGAAGCCUGGGCCUCUGACCUUGGUAAAGUGAGGGAAUUUCUAUGCAAUUACUUACGAGACACUGAUGUGGAAAUGUCGGAGCCGGUGCUGCAGCUGGACGAUUUCCUGACGUAUCUCUUCUCCAAAGAAAACUCAAUUAUGGAUUCCAAGUACGAGAGCGUGGUGCCGGAGGAGAUGAAUUACCCCCUGUCCCAGUACUGGAUCUCCUCCUCACAUAACACGUAUCUGACAGGAGAUCAGUUCUCCAGCGAGUCCUCACUAGAGGCGUACGCCCGCUGCCUCCGCAUGGGCUGCCGCUGCAUCGAGCUGGAUUGCUGGGACGGGCCAGACGACCUGCCGAUCAUCUACCAUGGGCACACCCUGACGUCCAAGAUCAAGUUCCUGGAUGUGCUGCACACCAUUAAGGACAACGCCUUCGUCACGUCAGAGUACCCUGUCAUCUUGUCCAUCGAGGACCACUGCAGCGUCAUGCAGCAGAGGAACAUGGCCUACUACUUCAAGAAGGUCUUUGGGGACAUGCUUCUGACCAAGCCGGUGGACAUCAACGCCGAUGAGCUGCCAUCUCCGAAUCAGCUGAAGAAGAAGAUCCUGAUAAAGCACAAGAAGCUGGUGGAAGGAAACCUGUACGAGGAGGUGUCCACGGCCAGCUACUCCGAGAAUGACAUCAGCAACUCCAUCAAGAACGGCAUCCUGUACCUCGAGGACCCCAUAGAUCAUACCUGGAGUCCACAUUACUUCGUCCUCACGAGCAACAAAAUCUACUACUCGGAGGAGACGUCGCGGUACCAGUCCAGUGAGGACGAGGAGGAGACCGAGCCGAAAGAGGAAUUGAAUAAUAACGAGCUGCACUUCAGUGAGAAGUGGUUCCAUGGGAAGCUGGGCGGCGGGCGCGACGGACGCCACAUUGCUGAGAAGCUGCUGCACGAAUAUUGCACAGAGACUGGAGGGAAGGACGGAACCUUCCUAGUUCGCGAGAGCGAGACCUUCGUGGGUGACUACACGCUGUCAUUCUGGCGUUCCAACCGCGUCCAGCACUGCCGCAUUCACUCCAGGCAGGAGGCCGGCGCCACCAAAUUCUACCUGACAGACAACCUGGUGUUUGACAGUCUGUACGGCCUGAUCUGCCACUACCGGGAGGUGCCGCUGCGCUGCAACGAGUUCGAGAUGCGUCUGACGGACCCGGUGCCCCAACCCAACGCCCAUGAGAGCAAAGAAUGGUACCAUGUCAGCCUCACCCGUCUGCAGGCAGAGCAUAUGUUAAUGAGAGUGCCCAGAGAUGGCGCCUUCCUGGUGCGGAAGCGAAAUGAACCAAACUCCUGUGCCAUUUCCUUCAGAGCUGAAGGGAAGAUCAAGCACUGCCGCAUACAGCAGGAGGGGCGCCUCUUCAUGCUGGGGAGCUCGGCAGAAUUCGAAAGUCUGGUGGACCUGGUCAGCUACUAUGAGAAGCACCCGCUGUACCGUAAGAUGAAGCUGCGCUACCCCAUCAAUGAGGAGGCUCUGGAGAAGAUGGGGACGGCGGACCUGGACUACGGGGCGCUGUACGAGGUUCGGACCCCCCACCUGUACGUGGAAGCCAAUAAGAUGCCCACGUCCAGGUGCAUGGUGAAAGCGCUGUACGACUACAAGGCGCAGCGCGAGGACGAACUCUCCUUCUGUAAGCAGGCCAUCAUACACAACGUGAACAAGCAAGAUGGCGGCUGGUGGCGCGGUGACUACGGUGGGAAGAAGCAGCUGUGGUUUCCUGCUAACUAUGUGGAGGAGAUGAGCGGGGCGGUGACCACGGAGCAGGAGGACACGUCGCUGUUCUUCGGUCAGUCUGCCGAGAACAGCCCCCUGGGGACCUUCCUGAAGGGUUUUAUAGACGUCCCGUCCUGUCACAUCGUCUUAUCGAAGGAAGGCCGCGGCCCCCGACCCUACAUGUUCACGAUUCACUCCCAGCAGAUGUCGCACCCAUCUCAGGCGCUGGACGUGGCAGCCGAUUCUCAAGAGGAGCUGAACGACUGGAUCGCAAAGAUUCGCGAGGCGACGCAAAACGCUGAUGCCAGGAUGCAGGAGGGGAAGAUCAUGGAGCGAAGGAAGAAAAUCGCCCUGGAGCUGUCGGAGCUGGUCGUGUACUGCCGUCCUGUGCCCUUCGAUGAAGAAAAGAUUGGCACAGAGAAGGCGUGUUACCGGGACAUGUCUUCAUUCCCCGAGACCAAGGCAGAGAAGUACGCCAGCCGCAGCAAAGGGAAGAAAUUCCUGCAGUACAACCGCCGCCAGCUGAGCCGCGUCUACCCCAGAGGGCAGCGCCUCGAUUCCUCCAACUACGACCCACUGCCAAUGUGGAUCUGUGGGAGCCAGCUCGUGGCACUGAACUUUCAGACCCCAGACAAGCCCAUGCAGCUGAACCAGGCGCUCUUCCUGCUGGGGGGGCAGAGCGGGUACGUCCUGCAGCCAGACAUCAUGAGGGACGACUUCUUCGACCCCUUUGAUAAAAGCAGCUUGAAGAUUGUGGAGCCGAUCACGGUGCAGAUACAGAUCCUGGGCGCCAGGCAUCUCCCUAAAAAUGGCCGCAGCAUCGUGUGUCCUUUCGUGGAAGUGGAGGUUUGCGGAUCAGAGUUCGAUAACAGCAAGAACAAGAGUGACGUCGUAGCGGAUAACGGCCUGAACCCAGUCUGGAUGAUGAAGGAGUUCGUGUUCGACAUCAAUAAUCCCGAGUUUUCCUUCUUGAGGUUCGUGGUGUAUGAGGAGGACAUGUUCAGCGACCCCAACUUCCUGGCGCAGGCCACGUUCCCCGUUAAGGCCUUGAAGACAGGUUAUCGAUCUGUACCCUUGCGGAACAGCUAUAGUGAGGAGCUGGAGCUCGCCGCCCUGCUGGUGCACAUAGAGAUUGUCAACGCAAAGGAGGAGGAUGAUGAGAAUCUCUACACGUCCAUCCAGCAGCUGCGGGACCGGGCCAGCGAGUUAUCCAGCCAAGUGUCCAGCUACGAACGCGCCAAUAACUGCGACUCCCGAUACCAGCAGCGACUGGACGAACUGCGCGCCGCCCAGGAGCGGCUGCUGGAGCUCACCGAAGUGCGCAACCGAAAGCUGAUGGAAAAGAAGAGGCGAGACCGUCAGCUGGCGAAUAAGCGGAACUGACCUCCUCCGCGCGGGUAUCAGACAGCGGUCAGCAAUCAGGGACUCCAGAGACCACGGAAGUCGAGCAAGUCUGCACUGGUUGCAGCGUCUGUAGGGACCUCGGGGACAUGGACGCUCUUAUAUAUGCGCGCGGGUCACAGACCUGCAAGAACUGGCGCGAAACGCAGAUUCCGACCGGACCCAACAACGCCAUUAUUUAGUUGCUGGCGGCGAUUCUCCAAGGGCUCCACUCUCGCGCUCGCUGCGGUUUUCUGCUGCUUCGUCCGGGCUCCAGAUCUGCAUUUUACCUUAAACACAAUGUAUAGGCAAAUAAUAUAUAAUUUAAAGAUGGCGGCCGCUCGGGACGGAUCCGCUACGUAGAACUGCACUUUAACGCUUAGAGAGCUCGGUCCUGAGGACGGCGUAGACUCGUGGAUGGAUGUGGUGGGGGACGAACACGGCUCUCCGACACCCCGAAACGCGAUAAAACAACCAAAUGAGACAUUUUCUGACCGCCGCACCGGAGAGGAGGCGCCAAAUAUGGGAGAUAGAAUAGCACAAGUGUAACAGGAACUUACCGACCCCCCUGGAGAUUCAUGGAUACGGCCCCAAGUGUUCCGGCAAAACGGAUCCGGCAUUGCGGUCUGCGCAUGCUCAGACCGCAGAAAAUGUGAAAAAAUAAAAUAAAAUGCUGGAUCCGUUUUUCCGGAUGA